AGGGAUAUUUUAGUCUUUAUGUAGUCAAGUGUUUUUCUCUUCUUGAACUGCGUAGUAUGAAUAAAACCCACCAUCUAAAAAUGAGACUAGUAGCGGUAACUCACAUAGCUGGCUGAGACAAACUCAGUUUUCAUCUUUUUCUUAUUUCUGGAAAACUUCCAGAGAGAGAUCUCAAAAACUAAUAUCACAAGUGCUGAUAAUUAGUACUCAGAGCCAAAAGAAAGGUACCGCUAUAUGGAUUCUGUACUUGGUAAUUUGCCAUCUUAUAACCCUCACAAUUUCAGUCAGAUUCGACCUUCAGAUCCUUCUAGUUCUUCUAAGACACCACCUACUUACCAUCCUACUCACAGCAGGACUCUUCCACCGCCCGAUCAAGUGAUAAACACUGAAGCCAAAAAUAUCCUCCUAAGGCACAUUUAUCAGCAUGCUCGGGAAAAGUUGAAACCAAAAAGAGCUGCAGCUGGUAACCUUUUACCGGAGCACGGAUGCAAGCAACCUAGGGUUUCCACUUGAGAGUGUUCAUUGACCAACUACUCCAUGCAAUUGUCAGCAACGUUUUUCUCAAAUGAUAAAACAUUUGUGUAAGAGUUUGGUGCUUGUUUGAAGUUGUAAGCUAUUACUAUUAGUCAGGUACAUGUUUGGGGUGUGUAAAUUUGACAACUCCCUCACCAAUCAAAAUAUACAGCAAAUGAAAUUAUCAUGCUUUUAUUGUA